CAAAACACUGCUAUGGUAGCUAGCUUGGUAACAGCUAGCAGUCGGUUGUUUUCGUAUCUCGGCUGAAUGUUUCAGUAACAAUGUGUUCAGUUCAGCAUUUAAGAGUUUAUCAGAGAACGACUAACUGCUGCUGAAGUCACCGCUAAGUCUUCACAUUGUUGAAAAAAACAUCAAAACAUCGUUCGCUACAAAGGAAGACACCAGGCUGCUGGAAACCUCAGAUUAAACUCCAGAAAUCGAACCCCAAAAGCAACAUGUCUCCGCUUCGGAUAAAGCUUUGGCCAUCCAGACGUCAUAACCAUGAGAAAGAAGUACCUGAAUGGACAGAAGAGGAUCAGACUGAACCAGACAAUUCAUCUUCUCCUAUUAAAGAACUUGGGGAACAAGAGCCUCCAUGGGUUAAAGAAGAAAUUGAGGAACCAGAGUCUACAUGGGAUGAAGAGGAACAGAAUGAACUAGAUUAUCUACUGGUGGAAAUACAAGAUGAACCAGGACCUUCAUGGAUUAAAGAGGAAGAAGAAGACCCAGAGCUUCUACUAAUCAAAGAGGAAAAUGAGGACCCUGAGUACACAUGGGCUAAAGAGGAACGAAAGGAAAUGGAUAUGCUAAUGAUGGAGGAACAGGGAGAACCAGGACCUCCAUGGCAUAAAGAAGAGGAGGAAAUAGAAUCAGAACUUAUUGUAAUAAAACAGGAACCAGAUUCCCCACUGCCUAGAAAUGAACAGGCACUACGAGAAAAUGUACCACCUAGACAGAACGCAAAUGAUUUACAAAGCUGUAAGGAAGGACAGUUUGUGCAGAAGUCCAACAGGUUGAUUCAAACUUUUGGUGUUCAGGAAAUUGCUGAAAGAGAAUCGAGAACUGAGCAGCUGUCCUUUUAUAUCUCUCCUCUAGCUGAGACUGAAGAUCAGGGAGGAAAUAGCUCAAUGUCAGAGAGUCAGUCUCAAACUGAUAUAAAGAAGAGGCCUUUCAAAUGCGACAUUUGUGGGAAAUUCUAUAAGAAUAAGUAUACAAUCAAACAGCAUUAUAGAACUCACACAGAAGAGAGACCAUAUUCAUGUCAGACAUGUGGCAAAGGUUUCUAUAACAUCAGUACUUUAAAUAUUCAUAUCAGAACCCACACAGGUGAGAAACCUUUUCCAUGUGAGACAUGUGGAAAAAGUUUCUCUCAUAUUAGUAGUUUACAAGCGCAUAGGAGAACCCACACAGGUGAGAAAUCUUUCCCAUGUAAGACAUGCAGUAAAAGUUUCUUUGAUGACAGUUCUUUAAAUGUUCACAUGAGAACCCACACAGGUGAGAGACCAUAUCUAUGUAAGACAUGUGGAAAACGUUUUUCUCAGAUGAGUAUUUUAAAUGUUCACAUAAGAACUCACUCUGGUGAGAAACCUUAUUCAUGUAAGACCUGCAGAAAAAGUUUCACUGAUGUUGGUAGUUUGAAUAAUCACACCAGGACCCACACAGGUGAGAAACCUUUUCCUUGCAAGACGUGUGGAAAAAGUUUCUCUCGGAAUAGUCAUUUAAAUGUUCACAUCAGAACCCACACAGGUGAAAAACCGUUUCCAUGUAAGACAUGUGGAAAAAGUUUUUCAGAUCUUAGCAGUUUAAAUGUUCACAGCCGAACCCACACAGGUGAGAAACCUUUUCCUUGUGAGACAUGUGGAAAAAGUUUCUCUCAAAAGAGUCAUUUAAAUGUUCAUAUCAGAACCCACACAGGUGAGCAACCUUUUCUUUGUCAGACAUGCGGAAAAACAUUUUCUCGGAAUUGCUAUUUAAGUGCUCACCUGAAAAUUCAUACAGGUUAAAGACCUUUUUAUGUCGAAUUUGACCAUUGGACCUUUACAGAGAUAUACAGUUAAAGAACUUUAAAAUUUUAAUUAUAGUUUUUGUUUUGCAAAGAAUAUUGGAAGAAAUAUCUAUAUAUUAGUUUGAUCAUUCUUAAGCAUAGUUAUUAGACCCCAAAGGUUUUCUUAUUUGAUUUAGGCUGAAAUGCUCUGUCAGGCAGGUAUUGUAGGAUUAUAGAAUUGUAGAAUAUAUGACCAAAUGUAGUGGUAUCAGAACAAUUGCAACAACAAUGGGAACAAAUCAGUUCCCAUUGCUUUCAGAUCAUUAACUCUUACUUGAUGUAGACUAAGGUUGGAAUCUCUGAGUUUACAAUUUCAAAACAGCUGCUUUGUUAGUUGAAUUACCUCUGAGAAGGUUCACUCAGAGUCACCGCAUGAGUAACAACUAUGAAACGCCAUUAUCAAUGGAGCCCCAAUUUGGCAAAUUACCACGACAUAAGAACUGGAGUUAGAGAUGUAAAUGCAGAAUAAAAAAAAAAUUUUAAAAGCAAGAGAAACGGCGCUACAUCUGCAAAGGAGAUUGAGAAAAGUUGUAAAAGAUACCUGCUUUAGUUGAGUGACGAUAAGAAUAUGGAGAUCUGAAAUUCAUUUUUAGAAAUCUGGAAUGUUUAGUUAAGAUUUGAAGGCUGUUAUUUUAAUUGUCUGAAAUGUUCAUUUUGAAUAGAUAGGAAUUUAUUUCUGAUAUCUGAAAUACAUAUUCAGUCCUACUGAUGAAUAUCAAAACAGCCUGCCAUAGACUGAUAUAACCACGAUAACAUUCAUGGGGGAAACUACUUUUCUGCUUGAAUGGUAGUGUAUCAAUGUACUUUUAUUUAGGUGAAAUCUCACGGGAAGAGGAGUUCACCUGUCAGCAGGUGAAGAUAAAGUAUACAAAUAUUGUUUAAACAGGUAGGAUCCCUGCAUCAUCUCAUGGGUUCCUCCUCAUCUUGAUUUUGUGUUGCAUUACACAGUAAAUACUAAGUGGCUGCUUGACUGUGCAAUCGGUUUCUAUAACGCUGUUAUCCCACACAUCAAUAUGCUGUCACUGAUAUCAGGUUUAGUUAAAUAUCUAUUAAAGAAGUCUUUGCAAUGCUGCAAAUGUGAGGACGGAUAAGGUUGUGGAAUUAUGUGAUGGAUUGUAAGGUGAAAAGUUUGUGCUCUUAAAGAUACAUUUUUGAAUGUGAAAGGACAGCUAUGAACACUACCUAUAAAUAUUUCAGAGAAUGUUACUAUGGUAACAGACACAGAGGUUUAGUUAACUCUCUUUGUGAAACUGAAAACUGAGACUUUCCUUGAUUUCAAAGUUAACAAACUGAGUUUUUAUUAAACCUGAUUUGUGAAACGGACUUCAGGAUACACCGAAUAAAAUCACAAUAUUAGCUCUACAAUAUGAAGUGUUUUUUCAAAAUGAUAAAACUCCAAGUUAAAAUACAGUAUUGUAUAGAUAAAUUGUUAAACCUAGUAGAAAAACUCAAAUAAUACUAAAAAAAUACAUGUUUUAUUGUAUUGUGUGUUUUAUGACUUAUAGUAGCUAUUGUGUACAUCACUGUAAUAUCUAUGUUACAGAGAAUUGUCCUUCUCUAUCCUUCUCUUACUUUAUUUUUAUUUUCAUUUUUGGGCUUGCUUAAUGUUUGCUCAUUUCUCCUAUUUAGGAUUGUACCUAGGAGACACCAUGUUGAUGAAGGCCCUAAAAGUCAAAUCUGACUUGACUUAAAAGGCCUUUCAGUGAGUUUAUAAAAGGCUGCGGGAUAUAAAAAAAGAAAAAAUAUAAUCCAGAUUUUAGAGUAUUUACUUCAUUAAUAUCUUUGUUUAAAGUUUUAUUUUUUGGUCAAAUAGGUCUUCAUUUUCUCAUGCUUAUGUAACACUACCUUAAAAUGCUAAAUAAAAUGCUCUCACUGAACUAUAUUGUUUUCAAUUUAACUUUUAUUACUUUAAAUAUUUAGCCGCUAGUCAAUCAGUUUAUCUUAUUGGUGAGUCCACAUUCUUUGAUGGUUCAUGUGUGAAAAUGGAAGAGGUAAGGCAGCUGUUGUCAGUGGAAAAUGCUAAUUAACCAGGAGCUGGAGCUUUAUACAUUGAGGAGAGCCAGAUGCUGACUUGGCGAAUAAGUCAGCAUCUGGUCAACCAUAGAUAAGCUGCUUACAUGCAGGCUAUAUCUUGACAGGCUUUUGGAUAAAUAGGUGGGAAACAAACGGGCCGUUCUUUUGGAUAACAUUGAGUUGUGGUACAGACCUGAGAUAAAUUUGAUUCUCUGUUGUGUGCUGUUAAAAAAAAAGUGUUAUGCUUUAUUUGAAUAAAUUUCGUUAAUACUGAAAAAUUUCUUUUUUCCCUUUUUCAUUUCAUGGAGAUCACUCCUCCACAAGUAAAGAAUUGGGAUGAUGCACCCUGGAGGUUGUUUUGACCCUCCAUACAGCAGCUAAAAACUAUUGAUAUGGUGCAAAGGGGCAGGCUUAAAACCGUGCACUGGGAGUAUCAUGUGGCAUUUCACAGUGGUGUUGGUAAGGUCUGCAGACGUUGAUCCUUGCCAGAGAGGGGAUGCUGUCGGGGAAAAAAAGGUCUAAGUCUAAUAACAAGAAAUUGAGAUUGGCGUUUUCAUCCUACCAGUAUUUAUUAAUCCUUGCAAAGGAGCAAAGAUCAGAUUCUUGCCAAUAUUCCUGUCUGUUUUGGUCUAGACAAGUUUUUUCUAACUAACUUAAAGCCUGCAUAGAGCUAUGAAGGUCUCCACAUACAGUUAAUCAAAACAAGUUACAGGCAGUUGAAGAAAACAGAAAAAUGUUGCAAAAACCUUGAAUCCGAAGGAGUCUAGCCUCUGUUCC